UUUUUGUACGACAGUUCUAAGCAGCUGGACGUUUUCUCCCGGGUUGCGCAAGAGUUGGAUGUGGCGACACAGCUGUAUCUGGACACCUUCAAUAGAAGCGCUCCUAUCGAGGUGGAGCUACAAGAAGAGACACCACUAGCGGACGGUGGUCGGACCAGCACAAGUGGGCCCCUUCUAAAUUUUUACAGAAAUCUGACAGCAGAGGAACGGCAUUCGUUCCUGCCAUACGCCCCGUCGCUCGGCGGGGACAAGCUGGCUGUGCAGCAAGAAGCACGCGCUGAUGAUUUGUUUGGUGCCGACGGAGAGUUUAUCCCACCUCUCAAACAAGAAUCGGCCAGAACGCCAACAACCACCCCUGUGCGGCCGGGAGAAGGGCAAGGAGCACCAUCUGACUCCGUUUACAAGAUCUCCGAGCCGCUGCAGAAUCUGUUGCGCAAACGAGGUGAAGGAACUCUGCCCUCGCCGCUUUUUGCCGUCAGAGAGGAAGACAAUUUGAGUGUGACGCAGAAGCUGGAAAGACUGCUAAUGAGAAAAGUGUUGCUUCCGGUUCAUCGCGAGGUGGACACGGCAAGAGUUAGUGUGCCGGGGAAAAUUAGUGCA